AUGAUGGGACGUGUUGCAGAGCAUAUGCAACAUUUGAUGAGAUUUGUUGAUUGGCAACUGCUCCAACUACAUAAAAAAGCAGUAGCGAACCCCCUUUAUUCGUUCGUUCGUCCGUUCAUUCAUUCGUUUAUUCACCGCGACCAAUCUGAUGUCUGUUUUUUUGCAGGACACACUCAAUCAUGGGGCCGCGGACAACCAGGUUUAUUGACCGAAUGUUACAAGGGUGAAAAACCGAAUGAGUACUACGGUCCAUUCAACCCGGCCCGAAACAGCACAUACGAUUUCAUGUGGAAGCUGCUUCAUGAGUUGGCUGAUGUGUUCCCCGACAAAUAUCUUCAUUUGGGUGGUGAUGAAGUUGAUUUCCGUUGUUGGUCAACCAAUCCGGAAGUGUUGAAAUUCAUGAACAAUAUGGGCAUGGGAAGGGACUUCUCGGCUUUGCAGAGUUACUACACUAAACAAGUGGUUGGCAUCACACGAAAGGUAACCACCAAACUCGGCAUGGUUCCUGUAGUGUGGCAGGAAGUGUUUGACCAUUGA